GAAUAUAUAUGUGUAUAUAUAUAUAUAUAUAUAUAUACACGCAGCAGUAUACUCCUCAUCUAUAUUCGUCGCCUUGGAAGAUUCGAGGAAAAACGUCCGACGACUUCGUCAGGACGUUUGACGUUUAUUGAAACUUUGACAGUCAUAUCUGGCACGUACAGACAUGUCAUUAAACACGGCACACGCCAACGGUGGAGUGCUUCUCCAUUCCGGCGAAUGCAUCAUCCUCUUCUGCGACAAUGUCAACAUGGAGUUCCAUGGGCAGGAGCAGCCAGAGUUCCUUGGGAAGAAGCAUGGGAGAUUGUACCUGACGACGCACAGGAUGAUCUUCAAUGCUAAGGAUCAAAAGGAAAAGAUGCAGUCGUUCAGCUUUCCGUUUGUCACGCUGAGUGACAUUGGAUUGGAGCAACCGGUUUUCGGUGCCAACUACAUCUGGGGCAAGUGCCGUGCCCAGCCCAAUGGUAACUGGAUCGGAGAAUGCAAAUUUAAGCUGCGAUUCAAGAGCGGCGGAGCGGUGGAGUACGCGCAGGCCUUGCUAAGAGCUGCUGCAAUGGCUCAACGCAAUGGUCCACCGAAUGAUGCCCCACCACCAUACACACCUCCAAUGUCCGAUUGGUAUCCAGCGCAGCCUUCAGCUUAUCAAGCACCACCGACCGGAUAUUAUGGAUGGAUGCCUCCAACCAACGUAUUCCCCGACGUCCCACCAGGCAAUACGGUCUUUAUGACGGACAGUCCACCACCGUAUCCCGGCAUACAGCCAGGGUACGGAUACGCGAGCGGGCCGCCGCAUCAGGGCGCCGGAGGUGCAGCAGGACAUCCAGGAGCAGGACAUCCCGGGUGGGCAAAUCCGAAUUACAACGGCCAGCCGAUGUCCCAAGCAGGUGCGUAUCCCGGGCAACCACCUUAUAGCGGUUACGGGCAACCAGCUUAUAGCGAUGCGAAGGCUGCUGAAGCUGCGCAGAGCGCGUAUUACGAUCCCAAUAGGCCUCAGUGCGCUUACGUUCCACCACCUGAGUAUUAUCAUAAAAAUGACAAGGCAUCGCUAGCGACAUUAGCCAUGCAGGAUGAAGCUACAUCCGUUUCGACACUCGUUACAAAUGAAUCACAAGUAACCGUGUUGGUUACAACUCGGUCGGGUCAAGCACAACUGUUCAAGUAUCAAGCAAAUGGCCAUACGAAACCAUUGAAAGCAUCCUUGACUGUCGCAGUUGCCUCAGAUGUUAAUCAAAAAGAGAGUGUUCAACAAAUUCCUAUUAUAGCCGGUCAGUUAACCGAAGAUGAAAAGUUAUUGUUGGCAUACGGUAGUUACUUAAACUUAACAUUUGAGAAAAUUGUGCCCGAUUUUUCGGAUAAAGUGCAAUGUUUGAUCAGAUCGGAAAAGCUUGACGCAAAAAAAUCAAAGGAAAGAAAAGAAGAAGCGAUUUCGAAAGUGAAAUCUGCUGCUAUGGAAGGAGACGUUGAAUAUCUCGCACCAGGAAUGGCCGUUCCAACGACGAAAAGAAAUAGGACCAGUUCAGGCUCUCAAUUGCUCCUCAAAGACAGAUUAGAGAACCUUAGUUUGGAUGCGGAUGCAAAUACACCAGGAAGGCUACCGACGAAAGGGGCGAAUAUGGCGCAGUUACUGAUGCAAGGAUUAAAUAGCAAAGAUAAAACCAUCUUAGCGACGGUGCUGUUCACAAGAAACGAGACUGUAAUUCGUAAUACCAUCGCAAAAUUACCAGUGCAAGCGAUAACGCCGCUACUCAAGGAAUUAACUAUAAUGUUGCAAGGCAAAACAUACGCGAGUAAAAUCGCGGUGAUGUGGAUGCAAGCUUUGAUCACGACGCACGCAGCUCACUUGAUGUCACGACCAGAUAUCGCAGAGACGCUCAGCCCUAUCUUGAGUUUUAUCGACGCGAAAUUGAUACUUCUAACGGCCGUACAAAGAUUAAAAGGCAGAGUUUCCCUCAUAACGGGACAAAUAUCUCAGGCUAACGAGGAACACGACAAGAACAUAAUGGAAGAUAGUUUGCUCAUCUAUCAAGAUGCAGAUUCGUCGGAUGAAGGUGGUGAGGAUGAAGUUGACUUGAGCAGCGAAUCCGGCGACAAUUGGGAAGAGAUGUCGGACCAAGACGUUCAGGAUGAACAGGACGAGGAGGAUAUCAGGAGUAUCAAAUCCGAGGAAAAGGAGAAUGAUGAUGAUGAUGAUGAUGAUGAUGAUAAUAACGAUAACGAUAGUGAAGGUGCUUAAUAUGCAGAUGACAAUGAUCAAUGGAUUUCAAUUGUUGUCAUCGCAAUGGAGCCAUCUUCUGAGAAGACUAUUGUAAUAAAAAUGAUGUAAAAAAAUACUCCUUUUUUUCUUUUCAAUUUAUUUCGUUAUUCGUAAGCAUAACAAAUAUUAAACAAGAGACAAAUAUAAUAUGUUUUAAUAAAGCAGUCAUAAUAUUCGGUUCGUUUCUCUCGUUUACAACGAUCAUAUCGUAUAUCCAAUUCUCCAAAA